ACGGAAAGUGGUUUGGCGCUACCUUUGUGCAUCACCUGAAAGUUAGCCCAAUUCUUCCGUUCGGAAUGAAUGGCCUCAACAAUUAUGGCCAACAAAAAGGGGGACAACUGGUGCGUAUACUAACAAGACAGUUGUCAUAGGGAUGUCGUGUAUCCAAACAAUGUCCCCAAUUCUUUCCCGUGGGAUUAGAAGACAAGCUUUUCUUUCACAACGGUUGUUUUAGAGCAGUGCUCUGGUCCUAUGGUCGCUGUACUGCGAUAGUUGCUAUGGGCUUUUAAACGGGAGAUCGCAGGUCCCUCAGAUAUAUACAUAGAUAUGGAGAAAAGUCGGCAUAUCGUAUGGCAGUCACGUUUCUGACUGCAGGUUUGGUUUGACGUUACGGUUUACAUAAGCCAGCGAGGAAGAACGCAAACAGGGCGACCUGGAACAACAUUUGUCUGACUUCGCUGGCCCGUGUGAUAGGAGAGUUUAGUUCUUUCGCAAAGUGGACGAGAAAAACGGGUUGGGAAAUUUGCGUCUUAGCCAAAAUGGCCCGGCUUCUAUUGUGAGUGCAUUAGGUGCUAGGGCGUCGCUGGGAAAAAAACUGAUUCGUAGGACCGAAUGUAGGACACUGCCCCCAAGCUGGACAAGGGGUACAAGAGGAACCAGAAUGGAGAAUGUGAGCGUAGCUGUGACCGACAACGCGACGCUACUUCCAGGCGGCGGUGUGGACGCCAGGGCCCCGUAUGGCGGCAAGACUCUCUUCGCUGCCGUUCUCGUCGGCACGUUCCUCGGAAUCAUCACCCUCGGAACCAUCAUAGGAAACGUCCUCGUCUGCUUGGCUGCUGUGGUGAACCGACGACUCAGAAACAUCACAAACUACUUCGUGGUUUCCCUCGCCGUAGCGGACCUUCUAGUCGGUGUGCUGGUGCUUCCCUUCAGUACAAUAUUCGAAGUGACCCGUUACUGGAACUUCGGGCUGAUCAUGUGUAACUUGUGGGUCUCUCUGGACGUACUUUGCUGCACGGCUUCAAUUCUCAAUCUAUUCGCCAUCAGUUUGGACAGAUAUUACGCCAUCACUCGCCCUUUUACGUACAGUAACAAGAUGUGUAGACAGAAAGCGUUCAUGGCGAUCGCCGUAGUCUGGAUCGUGUCUCUGCUGGUGUCCUUUCUUCCUAUCUGGGUCGGUUGGAACACGCAAGACGGUCGGUUACAGAACGUAGACGAUCCUACCCAGUGUAGUUUCAACAACACCAACGUACCCUACAUCAUGAUAGUCGCGUUUGGCACCUAUUAUAUCCCUCUUAUCAUCAUGUGUGUUACGUACUUCAGAAUAUUCCUAAUCGCGAAGGAGCAGGCGAAUCGAAUCAACGCCCUGCAACCAGAAGUCCGCGACGCGAACCGGCGACAGAAUCAAAACUUGGCAAACGAGCACAAGGCAACGCGAACUCUAGCCGCCGUUCUUGGAGCCUUCAUAAUCUGCUGGACUCCUUACUUCACCGUCUUCACCAUCACUCCGUUGUGUGGCUGUACAAUCCCCGAACAGCUGUACUCCGUGGUACUUUGGCUGGGUUACAUCAACUCUCUCCUAAACCCGUGUGUUUACGCCUUCAUGAACAAGGAAUUUCGCCGAGCGUUCAAAAAGUUGCUGUGCUUCCAAACUGGAAACACCGUGUGCUUCUGUGGUAAUCCUCGGAACUGGGCACAGGACGAGCCGACAACUUCAACUGCUCCUCGCCAACCAUGAGAUCGACACACAAAAACAUAUAUCAUAAAAAAUUCUGCUGUAUUUGUUGACGAAAACUUUCAAGGUAUGUUGGUCAGAUAUUUUGAAAUAUCAACAGCCACCGUAAAAGAACUGUUUAUAAGAUGUUGUAAAGAAAAGAGAGAGAGAGAGAGAAUAUUGCUGCGAACUGAAUUGAAACAACGUGUUCAAGUUGGAUGUAUUUUUUCUGAUAAAUGUUAAGAAAUACGAAAGAUGUAACGUAUAUUAGUAUCGAUGUUAACAGAGAUGUAGUCGUACAAAGCAACGCAAAAUGCAAGAAAUAUUCUUUUAUCGUUCUAUGGUACGACAGGUCGUAUGAUAUAUAUAUAUAUAAACGUGCAUAGUUUUUUUUGGCCAUUGUAAAUAGGUGAUGUUGUUCUAUAUGUAAGAUACGCCCGCCAUCUUGCCAAAAGCGGUAUUUACCCAAUGAUGGUUUAUUUUAAACUGGCUACAUCUGUAUUUUCCCAGGAUAAGAACAUAAACGUGGGUGAAGUUGGUAUCUCAGUUAUUCUAAAGAUUAGUAAAUAGGUGUUGAUACACGUCCACACCUAGCACGUUGUAAAGAUCUCGUUUUUGAUGCGAUUAAAUGCAAACUUUUAUUUGCUCAAUCAACAAAGUUCGCCCAUAGUAUGUACACGCUAUGUCAUGCAUUUCCUAUCAAAUAAUUGUUAAGAUUAUAAGUGGAACGGAACGAAUUCUUGAAGAAAAAACACAGAAUUUUAGUCUUGAAAUAACAGAUUUCUGUAACAUGUU